AUGGAUCUAGUGGAUACAGAUUUCAGUGUAUCGGAAGGUAAAGUGUCGUCUGUUGACCCAGGAUCACUCAGCCAACUUCCUCGUUCUAUUAAAGACAUUCUUCUUAUGAUAUUUGACAAAGAGCAGAUGAGAAGCCAGAUGCUUCGCUUUCAACUCGAUUUGGACAAGAUGCCGUUGGGCAAACUUUCAAGAAAGCAGAUCACGAGUGCCUUUUCUGUCUUGACGGAGCUACAAACGCUGAUGAUCGAUGAUCGAGAUGAGAUCAAAAUAAUUGAUGCGUCUAAUCGUUUUUACACUCUAAUUCCUCACAAUUUUGGAAUGGACAAACCACCGCUGCUUAGAUCUAUCGAUGUAAUCAAGGAAAAGUGCGCUAUGCUAGACUCACUUCUAGACAUGCAAAUCGCGUAUCAGGUUAUUAAAGAGGAAACUAAGGAAGAAACUGAAAAAGAACGAGAUCCUGUGGAUGUAUACUAUGAAAAACUCAAGUGCAAAUUGGAAGUUGUGGAGCAUGGUUCAGCCGAAUUUAACACUAUCAAGGCGUAUAUGGAUAAUACUCAUGGGGAAACACACACAAUGUUUGAUCUUGAAAUUGUUGAUAUCAUUCGUGUAGAUCGAGAAGGCGAAGAUGAAAGAUUUAAAGCUGAACUUGGAAAUCGAAUGCUUUUAUGGCAUGGUUCAGCUACAGCCAAUUACGGAGGGAUUCUCUCUCAAGGCCUUCGCAUCGCUCCUCCGGAAGCGCCUAUG